CCUCCCCGGUCCCCUGUUCCUCCUGCCCCUGCGCAGUGGCGGGAGGGGCGGAUUUGGGCUGGGAGCUGCCUCAGGAGCGUUUCCGAGAGCGGCGGGAGCCGAAGCCAUCACUCCAGAAGAAGCGCGACGGAGGGACUACUUUUUGGAUCGGAAGGCAAUGUGAAAAACUUCCGGGGAGGGCUUAGAAAGGAGCGUCACUUCCGGCGGGCCGGGACGCGAGGAGCGGGGCUCGGGCGGGGGCAGCGGUCCCGGCCGGGACGGCGACAGCGGCACUUGGCAGCAGAUCCCGCCGCCCGGUCCGGCAGCGCCUCCGGGCGAUGCGCCUCGGUCCUCGGCCCAGCCCGUGAGCCCCCCGGCCGUCCCUCUCCGCCCUGCGCUCCCGGCGGCGGCGGCGCCCCCCUCCCCCAGCGGCCAUGGCGGGGGGCGGCGGGUCGCGCUAUGCGGCCGAGUUCGUGCCGCCGCCCGAGUGCCCCGUGUUCGAGCCCAGCUGGGAGGAGUUCAGCGACCCGCUCGGCUUCAUCGGUCGCAUCCGCGGCCUGGCCGAGAAAACCGGCAUCUGCAAGAUCCGGCCCCCCAAGGACUGGCAGCCUCCAUUUGCAUGUGAAGUACAAAGUUUUCGUUUCACUCCACGAAUUCAGCGCCUGAAUGAACUGGAGGCAAUGACAAGAGUGAAACUGGACUUCUUGGAUCAGUUAGCAAAAUUUUGGGAACUCCAAGGAUCCAAUUUAAAAAUCCCUGUGGUCGAGAGAAAAAUACUGGAUCUGUAUGGUCUGAGCAAGAUUGUUGCCAACAAAGGAGGCUUUGAAGUAGUGACCAAAGAGAAGAAAUGGUCUAAAGUGGCGAGUCGGCUUGGCUACCUGCCAGGGAAGGGCACGGGCUCAUUGCUUAAGUCUCACUAUGAACGGAUCCUGUAUCCCUACGAGCUCUUCCAGUCUGGGGUCAGCCUCAUGGGCAUCCAAAAGCCUAACUUGGAUCUUAAGGAAAAAGUGGAGGCUGAGGACCUCAGUUCAGAUGCCCAAGCUUCCCCAAAGCAGGCUUCAAGGAUGAAUGUUAUGCUGAAGAGAACCAGGCGUGUCAAAUCCCAGGCAGAGGCUGGAGAAAUGAGUAGAAACACCGAACUAAAGAAGCUGCAGAUCUUUGGAGCUGGACCCAAGAUGAUGGGACUGGCAUUGGGAGCAAAGGAUAAAGAGGAUGAGGUGACGCGAAGGCGCAAGGGAACCCGAUCAGAGGCGUUUGGGAUGCAGAUGAGGCAGCGCAAAGGAACUCUCUCCGUCAACUUUGUUGAUCUCUAUGUUUGCUUAUUUUGUGGUAGAGGAAACAACGAGGAUAAACUGCUACUGUGUGAUGGAUGUGAUGACAGCUAUCACACUUUCUGCUUGAUUCCUCCUCUUCCUGAUGUCCCCAAGGGUGACUGGAGGUGUCCAAAGUGUGUUGCUGAGGAAUGCAACAAACCCCGAGAGGCCUUUGGAUUUGAACAAGCUGUCAGGGAAUAUACUCUCCAGAGCUUUGGUGAAAUGGCUGAUAACUUCAAGUCUGAUUAUUUCAACAUGCCAGUCCAUAUGGUUCCUACUGAGCUGGUAGAAAAAGAAUUCUGGAGAUUAGUGAGCAGCAUAGAAGAAGAUGUUAUUGUGGAAUAUGGGGCUGAUAUCUCAUCCAAGGACUUUGGGAGUGGCUUCCCAGUGAAGGAUGGCCGACGAAAGCUGAUGCCAGAGGAGGAGGAUUAUGCUCUUUCUGGUUGGAACUUGAACAACAUGCCCAUUCUGGAGCAGUCAGUCCUUGCUCACAUCAAUGCAGACAUCUCUGGCAUGAAAGUGCCCUGGCUGUAUGUAGGGAUGUGCUUCUCCUCCUUCUGCUGGCAUAUUGAAGACCACUGGAGCUAUUCCAUCAACUACCUGCACUGGGGAGAGCCCAAGACAUGGUAUGGUGUGCCCUCUCAUGCAGCAGAGCAGCUGGAAGAUGUGAUGAAGGAAUUGGCUCCUGAGCUGUUUGAAUCCCAGCCUGAUCUCCUGCAUCAGCUGGUCACUAUUAUGAACCCCAAUGUGCUGAUGGAACAUGGUGUACCAGUUUUCAGGACGAAUCAGUGUGCUGGCGAGUUUGUUGUGACCUUUCCUCGUGCCUAUCACUCUGGAUUUAACCAGGGAUAUAACUUUGCUGAAGCUGUGAACUUCUGCACUGCUGACUGGCUCCCCAUUGGACGCCAGUGUGUGAGUCACUACCGGAGGCUGGGACGUCACUGUGUGUUCUCCCAUGAAGAGCUGAUCUUCAAGAUGGCUGCAGAUCCAGAGUGCCUGGAUGUCGGGCUGGCUGCCAUGGUCUGCAAGGAGAUGACUCUAUUGAUAGAGGAGGAGACACGCCUGAGGGAGUCUGUUGUACAGAUGGGAGUGUUGAUGUCUGAGGAAGAGGUGUUUGAGCUGGUUCCAGAUGAUGAACGUCAGUGCAUAGCUUGCAGAACCACGUGCUUCUUGUCAGCUCUGACGUGUUCCUGCAAUCCUGAACGCCUGGUGUGUUUAUACCAUCCUUCUGACUUGUGUCCCUGUCCCAUGCAGAAGAAGUGUCUAAGGUACCGGUACCCACUAGAAGACCUUCCUUCUUUGUUGUAUGGAGUGAAGGUUAGAGCACAGUCUUACGACACUUGGGUCAGUAGAGUUACAGAGGCUCUGUCUGCCAAUCUCAACCACAAGAAAGAUGUGAUUGAGCUGAGAGUGAUGUUGGAGGAUGCUGAAGACAGGAAAUACCCGGAGAAUGAUCUUUUCCGCAGGCUCCGGGAUGCUGUGAAAGAAGCAGAGACCUGUGCUUCAGUAGCACAGCUACUUCUGAGCAAAAAGCAAAAACACAGCAGAGUGAGCCAAGACAGUGGAAGGACACGGACCAAGCUGACAAUGGAGGAGCUUAAGGCGUUUGUGCAGCAGCUGUUCAGCUUGCCCUGUGUCAUCAGCCAGGCCCGACAAGUGAAGAAUCUGCUCGAUGAUGUGGAAGAGUUUCAUGAGCGUGCUCAGGAAGCCAUGAUUGAUGAGAUCCCAGACUCUUCCAAGCUGCAGGAGUUGAUAGACAUGGGCUCUGGCCUUUAUGUUGAACUUCCUGAACUGCCAAGGUUGAAGCAAGAACUGCAGCAGGCACGGUGGCUGGAUGAGGUGAGGUCCACCCUCUUGGAUCCCCAGAGAGUCACCCUGGAUGUGAUGAAGAAGCUGAUUGACUCUGGUGUGGGCUUGGCACCACAUCAUGCUGUAGAAAAAGCCAUGGCUGAGCUGCAGGAGCUGCUCACAGUCUCAGAGAGGUGGGAGGAGAAGGCCAAGGUCUGCCUGCAGGCCAGACCACGCCAGAGUAUGAUGGCUUUGGAGGGCAUCGUGAAUGAGGCCAAGAACAUCCCUGCUUACCUGCCCAAUGUGCUGGCUCUGAAAGAAGCCCUGCAGCGAGCUAGAGACUGGACAGCCAAAGUGGAGGCCAUUCAGAAUGGGAGCAACUAUGCCUACCUGGAGCAGCUGGAGAGCUUGUCUGCCAAGGGCCGCCCCAUCCCGGUGCGCCUGGAUGCCCUGCCCCAGCUGGAGUCCCAGGUGGCUGCAGCUCGUGCCUGGAGGGAGCGCACAGGAAGGACCUUCCUCAAGAAGAAUUCCAGCUACAACCUGCUACAGGUUCUGAGCCCACGGACUGAUAUCGGUGUUUAUGGGAGCAGUAAGAACAGGCGGAAGAGGGCAAAGGAGUUGAUGGACAAGGAAAAGGAAAAAGAUCUUGACUUGGAAUCCCUGAGUGAACUGGAGGAUGGGCUGGAGGAGGCCAGGGAUGCUGCAGCUGUGGUGGCUGUAUUCAAGGAGCGGGAACAGAAGGAAAUUGAAGCCAUGCAUGCUCUCAGGGCAGCCAACUUGGCCAAGAUGACCAUGGUGGACCGAAUCGAAGAAGUCAAGUUCUGUAUCUGCCGCAAGACAGCCAGCGGCUUCAUGCUGCAGUGUGAGCUGUGCAAGGACUGGUUUCACAGCGGCUGCGUGCCCCUGCCCAAAACCAGCUCUCAGAAGAAGGGCUCCAGCUGGCAGGCCAAGGAGGUGAAGUUCCUGUGUCCCCUGUGCAUGCGCUCGCGCCGGCCGCGCCUGGAGACCAUCCUGUCGCUGCUGGUGUCCCUGCAGAAGCUGCCGGUGCGGCUGCCCGAGGGGGAGGCCCUGCAGUGCCUGACAGAGCGAGCCAUGAGCUGGCAGGACCGAGCUCGGCAGGCCCUGGCCACCGACGAGCUGUCCUCUGCUUUGGCCAAGCUCUCUGUGCUCAGCCAGCGCAUGGUGGAGCAGGCGGCUCGUGAGAAAACUGAGAAAAUCAUCAGCGCUGAGCUGCAGAAGGCAGCAGCUAACCCUGACCUGCAGGGACACUUGACAAGUUUUCAGCAGUCAGCCUUUAACAGAGUGAUAGGGAGUGUGUCCUCAUCCCCACGGCAGACUUUGGAUUAUGAUGAUGAAGAGACAGACUCUGAUGAAGACAUCAGGGAGACAUAUGGCUAUGACAUAAAGGACAAUGCCAGUGUGAAAUCUUCCAGCAGCUUGGAGCCCAAUUUGUUCUGUGAUGAGGAAAUCCCCAUUAAAUCAGAGGAGGUGGUGACACACAUGUGGACUGCUCCCUCCUUCUGUGCUGAACACGCCUAUUCCUCUGCUUCUAAAAGCUGCUCUCAGGGUUCUAGCACUCCAAGGAAGCAGCCUCGGAAGAGCCCCCUGGUACCUCGCAGCUUGGAGCCCCCGGUGUUGGAGCUGUCCCCUGGAGCAAAAGCUCUGCUGGAAGAUCUGAUGAUGGUAGGAGAUCUACUGGAGGUAUCUCUGGAUGAAACUCAGCACAUCUGGCGGAUUUUACAGGCCACUCAUCCGCCCUCUGAGGACAGGUUUCUUCAUGUCAUGGAGGAUGACAGCAUGGAUGAAAAACCACUGAAAAUGAGAGGGAGGGACUCUUCUGAGAGGAAGCGCAAACGAAAACUGGAGAGAGCAGAGCAGUUCUUUGGAGAUAUGAAGCAAAAAUCUAAAGAGCUGAAAAAACUGGAAAAACCCAAGAAGAAGAAGCUAAAACUCACAAUGGAUAAGACCAAGGAGCUGAACAAGCUGGCAAAGAAACUGGCUAAGGAAGAGGAGCGGAAGAAGAAGCGAGAGAAAGCAGUUGUGGCAAAGGUAGAGCUGACAAAGGAGAGCACAGAGAAAAAAAGAGAGAAGAAGGUUCUGGAUAUUCCUUCCAAGUAUGACUGGUCAGGAGCAGAAGAAUCAGAUGAUGAGAAUGCUGUGUGUGCUGCUCAGAACUGCCAAAGGCCCUGCAAGGACAAAGUGGACUGGGUGCAGUGUGAUGGAGGCUGUGAUGAGUGGUUCCAUCAGGUGUGUGUUGGGGUCUCUCCAGAGAUGGCUGAGAAUGAGGAUUACAUCUGUAUAAACUGUGCAAAGAAACCCCUGCAGGGACCCAGCAGCCCUGCCCACGCCUCACCUCCUCCCUUCUUGCUGAGCUACAAACUACCAAUGGAAGAUCUCAAGGAGACGAGUUAGCAACUGCUCCAUGCCCAGAACUUGUUGGGAAAUGGACCACUGGAACCCUUCAGAACGAGAGGGGUUUGAGGCUGAUGUAGCUCCUGAGCUUCUCUUCCAAGGAUGUACAGACGUGCAGCAGAGUUGGUCCCUUAGGUGCUGCUGCCUUCCUUCCUGCAGUGGCACUGUCAGGGCACAGAGGCACCCACUCAGCUAUGCACACCCUGCCUGAUGAGCAGCUCCAGCCAGUGCUUUCUGACCUGAGUGUUCCCAUCUUGGAGUGUGGCUGUUGCUCUCAAGGACUGAGCAAACUCGAGUCUGUUAGACACUUCAGGGUGUUGGAAGUACAUGUUGGCAGUGGAGCUGGCCUGGAGCUGGUGGGCAUAGGCUGGAGCUCUUAGACCUACCUGGUUAUCCUGAGGAGGUGACUUUGGAAGUUAUCUUUCACCUCUCCAUGCCAACCCAGUGUGUGGAGCAAUGUCUUGAGAGAAUGAAAUUGCCUCCAUAUCCAGGCAGCUAACACUACACUGUAAGGGUGGGAACAAGUGGAUGAAUUUCCUUUAAUUUCUCUAUUGUAGCUAAAGGGCAGAGGAGCUCAUAAUGGCAAAAAGCAGCAAAAGUUCUGUUUACCAAAAAAGAAACCCAACUCUACUCCACUAGGCAAAUUUUUUUUCCUCAGUGGGAAACAACUGAUCUUCCUGUCCUGAGGAGGGCCAGAAGUCAUUGAUAAUGUCUAGCUAGACCAGAACUUGGGAAGAGCAGAGUGCUUCCCUUUCCACCGGGAUGUUCUCUCCUGUUCUAGGCUUUGCUUAGAGUUCUGCACUCCUGCACAUUGAAGUUGUGUGGCGCAGGGUGGAGCUGGCAAGGAGGUACAGCACCCAGGGCACAGCUUCUGAGAUCUGUACCCAGGGAUGGGAAGGAAAGAAGACAGCCCACUUACCUCAGAGGUUACACUGACAUGUGCUUCUGUGAAAAGUUUCACUCUCAACUUUCCAGUAUCACCAGGCUACAGGCAUGGCCUCCUGUGAUACCAGCAAGCAGUCUGCAGAUACUGUUCACAGUGCAAACCCCUCCCUGCUGGCUUUGCUGGAUGUGUACCAGUGUACAAUCAGCAGCAGUUCCUGUUUGAGGUUGCCCCUGGCUUUGCCAGAGGACCAGAGGGCUUGGGGUCAUCCUGGGUGACAGUUGUUUUAGUAAAUCCAUUUUUAAAGAA